AUGCAUCUCUAUUUGAGAGACGAGCCAAGAACGUUAAUGCUGGUGACAAGUUCGGAGGAGGAACGACGAGGCUCUCCUUCCAGAGUGCUGCUGUUUCGGGCUGCUGAAGGGCGAGAGGCAUCAUCCAAAGCAGUGGUGGAAUUACUACACAAGAAAGAUGUCGACCUAAACGGCGUAACGCGUCUCUGCCAUAGGCCGGUUCAUGGGACGCUUGGACUGAUUAACGUUGCGAAUGAGCUUUUCUUGGCCGUUGUUACCUCUGCUAGUGAGAUUGGAGACAUCCGAACUUCAACCCAGACCGAAAGCGUGCAACGUAUCAAUACCGUGAUGUUCUACAGUUUGAACUCGGCGACUUUUGAUGACUUGAUUAUGGCUGCGACCGAUAUGCCCUUGAGCCCAUCACUUCAGGACGUCACCGAUGCGGAACGCGAUCCAUACAGCCCUGCGUAUGGUAGCUCAACCCCCCAGCAGACAACUGCUUACGAUCACCCCUGUGCCCCUCUGACCAAGAUAUUGUCGGGAGGCACAUUCUAUUAUGCCGCACUGCCAUUUUGGGAUAUCUCAUCUCGCUUGGAGAAGCGACUGAAGAAUAAGUCUGCUGCCAAAGAUCUGAAAAGUUUUGAUCAGCGAUUUGUCUGGAAUGAGCAUGCUGUGCAGAGCCUUCUGGACUUCAGAGAUAGGCUUGACCAGAUAGAGCGAGACGAAUUUGAUCGCUGUGAGUUCAUUAUCAUGGCCAUCCAGGGCUAUGUUGGCAGUUUCAAGAUUGCCCUCCCUGCUCCACCUUCUGAAGGAAAGCCUGUCAUAGCCACUAUCAGUUUGAUCUCACGGCUGGGAUGGAAGCGUGCGGGUACUCGAUUCAACACUAGAGGAUUGGAUGACGAGGGAAAUUGCGCUAACUUUGUUGAAACCGAGACGCUAUUCAGCACAGAUGAUGUUUGCUUGAGUUUUGUUCAGGUCAGAGGGAGCGUUCCAGUGUUCUGGGAACAACAAGGUGUGCAAGCGUUCGGCCAGCGCAUUCAAAUCACCCGACCCCCUCUGGCUCAACAGCCAGCUUUCGAGCGACACGCUGCGCAGCUCGUAGAGGAGUACUCCUCCUUUCACGUCGUAAAUCUACUGGGGCAGAAAGAGAAUGAAGCGAUCCUCACAUCUGCGUAUACCGAUCUGAUGCGAAAAGCUCAGGCAAAUGCUUCAGAAGAUGCCAUGGGUAUGACAAACUUUGAUUUCCAUGCUCAUGUGAGAGCCGGGGGCCACGAGAGUGUUCAAGAGCUCGCACGACUCGACGUAAUCCGUAGCUUCAUAGAGAGGAGUGGAUUUACGAUCGCUGAUAUGGAACUUGGAGAAGUCGUCACUCAGCAACAGGGCGUAUUCCGGACAAAUUGCCUCGAUUGCCUGGAUCGAACGAACUUUGUACAAGACAUUUUCUCACGAGAAGUCCUGCAAAUAUAUUUCCGGCAGAACCACCGAGCCAAUGAAGGUUCCCAUGCUGUGUGGAGUUAUCAUAGGGAACUAUGGGCUGAAAAUGGAGACGCACUGUCUCGGAUCUACGCUGGCACUGGCGCGCUGAACACCAGUUUCACAAGAAGUGGCAAGCGCACGCUCGGCGGUUUCUUAUCGGAUGCCACCAAGAGCGUAGGAAGAAUGUACAUCAAUAAUUUCCAGGAUAAAGGCAAACAGACGGCCAUCGACAUGUUUCUCGGAAACUUGGCCGGUCAACAGGUGGUGACGAUAUACGAUCCCAUACAUGACGCGGUGAGAUUGGAAUUGGCUCAGAGGCUGUCCGAGUAUUCCGAGCGUCGUCAGAUCUUGGUAUUCACAGGUACAUGGAAUGUCAACGGACGACCUCCGUCAGAGUCAAUCAUGCCCUGGCUAUUUCCUCGACCAGAUUCCCCUGUCCCGGAUAUUAUAGCGUUAGGAUUCCAGGAGAUUGUGCCCCUCACUGCCCAGCAAGUCGUGCAGACUGACCCAGAGAAGAAACGCGAUUGGGAGCUACUGAUUCUCGACACUUUGAUGAACCGACCUGAUUGCAAGACUGAUUAUAUCCUGCUGCGGAGUGAACAGUUGGUCGGAACUGCUCUGAUUGUUCUGGUGAAAACCGAGUUAGCUUCGGUCAUCAAGAAUGUGGAGGGGGCGAGCAAGAAGACUGGGUUACGCGGUAUGGCUGGUAACAAAGGGGCAGUGGGCAUACGCCUCGAAUACUACGAAACACCAUUUUGCUUCGUCACUGCACACCUGGCUGCCGGACAUGCAAAUGCCCAAGAAAGAAACGAUGACUAUCGAACAGUAGUGCAUGGACUGCACUUCCAGCGGGGAAAGACCAUCGGUAGCCACGAGAAUGUCAUUUGGAUGGCUGAUACGAACUAUCGGAUUGACCUUUCUAACGAAGAAGUCCGCGGUUUGAUUGAAGCUGAUGCUUUGGAUGAGCUUUUGGCUGCGGACCAGCUCACCCAAGCAAGGGAUAUGCACGCGGCUUUUGCUGGCUAUGACGAGGGACCCGUCUUGUUCAGGCCAACAUAUCGAUAUGACUUACAUUCAGACGACUAUGAUACCAGCGAGAAGCAGCGCAUACCUGCCUGGACAGACCGCAUUUUGUACCGAGGCUCUGAUCUGGAUCUUUCAGUCUAUUCCAGGGCGGAACUUAAGACGUCGGACCAUCGUCCAGUCUUUGCAAUAUUUCGUGCACAGGUGCGGGUGAUCGAUACCAUGAAGAGAGCAGCAUUACGGGAGGAGUUGCUUCAAAAGGUGCGGGCCACCACGGAAGGCGAGACACUGGACCAGAAAUUGCAGCGUAUGACAGUCAACGGGGACGAAUUGCCUCCUCCCAGUUCAGAUGAGAACGCUUGGUGGGACAGCCCGAAUCAUCCUGACGGUGUGGUUUCAGCCGUGCCUCCACCGCCACGAGGGAUCCUAUCCACUAACCCUUUCGACCUCGACAUUGACAUAGCUUCCUCUGAGUCAGACGAGGAACUGUAUUCGGCAGCAGCGACUUUACCCGUUCCAUUGACACCAAGUAGACGACCUAUGCCUCCCCCUCCGCCACCGAAACCUGCCUCAUUGUCCUCGCCUAGAUAG